AAGAAGUUGGAAGAAACCGAUAUGUGUGUAUUGGAUUAAACCCGUUUAGAUUGUGCAUAAAAAUAAAACAAAUUGGGAUUCUUCAAAAUGGUUCUUGUGCAUAUAUAUAAAGCCGGAGCGUACGGAUUGGCCAAGUCAGUUCUUAAUCGGCGAAUAAGUAGUCGAGAAAUACUAAAAUGAAGUGCCUUUUGGUUUUAUGUCUGGCGGUGGCCUUCGCUAUGGCGAACCAACCCAUUAAACAAUCGUGGACCGUCGUCCAUCAAGGCUGCCAGGCCAACCCUAAGACUUUUGUAGAGGAGGAAGUGUUCGAGAAACUCCGGAAAGGCGAAAAAGUCAACUUGCCCAACAAUUUCGCUGACCAUGCGUUCUGCAUGUUGAAGGACAUGGAUUUGCAAGAACCCAACGGCAAUAUCAACACGCAAACCCUGAAAAAAGCUGUGCAAGAAUCCGUUCAAGAUCAAGCCAAAAUCAAUCAAAUCACCAGCGAAUGUUCCGCCAAUGACCAGACCCCCCAGAAGACUGCUCUGACUUUGUUCAAAUGUUUGGGCAAAUAUCACAUCGAUAUCGGCCAAUUUUAAUUGGUUGGAACGUGUUUUAAUAAUUUUUGACUGAACUAAUAUAGAAUUGUUAUAAAUUUAAA